AUGGGGAGCAGCAGCGUGGUGGCGGCGGCGAAGGAGGUCCCGGAGAUUACUACUGCUUCUCCCAUUACGGCGUCGGAUCGUCAUCAGAAGAGCACGAGCCCGUACGAGGUGGUGCGGGAGGUGGCCGGGAGCAACGCGGUGGUGGUGUUCAGCAUGAGCGGCUGCUGCAUGUGCACCGUCGUCAAGCGCCUCCUCUUCGGCCUCGGCGUCGGCCCCACCAUCGUCGAGCUCGACCACCUCGCUUCGGGAGCUCCCGACAUCCAGGCCGUCCUCUUCCACCUCCUCCAGGCGGGGAGGCAGCCGGUGCCGGCGGUGUUCGUGGGCGGGAAGUACCUGGGUGGGAUAGAGACGCUCAUGGCCUGCCACAUCAACGGCUCCUUGGUCCCUCUCCUCAAGGACGCCGGCGCCCUCUGGCUCUAA